AUGAACCUCUAUGCCACCUGUUGCGAGUCCGCCGCAUCAUCCCUCGCAACUACACAAUACCCACCUAUUGUCCCAAAUAGGAAUCAAGUGGUCAAGCUGUUGCCACAGCCGGGUCACUUGGUCGGAAGGACUCAGAUAAUGCCAGGUGGAACCCAAAAUCAAAUUUCUAAAUCAAAACAGCCUCAACAAAUUUUGCCAAAGCCGAUUCCACCUAAUAACUCACCUCAAAAACAGUCAGUACCUCGAUUGAACACUGCCAUGCCCCAACAAACUCCCUUAUUAAUAAAUCAACCUCAAGCUCAAAGUCCGGCUCUCCUGUUGAAUCAGGUGUUAACGUCUGGAGCACCGGUUAUAGUGCAACCGGCUGGUCCGGGAGGUACCGUUCAUCUGAUGCUCCGGACACCAACUCCGACUCUACAAAGUGGGCCUGGUCCUCCGCAAAAUAAAAUGAUCAUAGCAAAUGCAAGUCAGCCUCAACCCCAGGCAACGGUACUUAUACAAAAUCGGCAGCAAGUUGUUCGUUUUAUGACGGCUCAAGGCCCAAUGCAGUUGCAGCAAAUUCAAACCCCAUCAGGACCGCAACUCAUUGCCAUACCUCAAAAUCAAUCUCUAUCAUUUCCUCCCAACAGCGUUCUCGUACAGGGUCCCACACCGAAUACUCUUCAAUUACCGCAAAGCUCCGGAAAUACUCUUCAACUUCGACAAAGUCCUUCCGCCAUAAUUCAAUCAAACACUUUUCCUCAGACUUCUCUACCGAAUCAAAUGUCACUUCAAAGUCAAAUUUUUCCGGCGAACAACGCUUCGGCAACUUCCGGGCCCGGAAUGAAACGAGACGAGAAAGGGACUCCGUUGGUGGACGGUUCGGUUUGCGUGCCUGUUAACACCCUUAUGGGUAAAGAGUCCGUUAACAGAAAUGCCAAGAGUGAAAGAACUAAUAACGUGGAAGAAAAUGUUUUGAUAAAUAGGACGAUUGUAACUAAAAAUUUCGGGAAAGCAGAUAAUUUAUGUAGUACUCCAGUUUCAGUUCAGUCGACUCCGACGACUCAGAAAAAUAUAACGUCGAGCCUAAGGCAAAUUAGAACGGGUUCUCUCGCCAAUCGGAAUAAACAAAUCAAUCAAAACACGGAAACGAAGGAAAAAUCGGAAGAAUCAAAGAGUUUGUGUAACUUGACGCGAAUCAUAGACAGCGUGGCAUCGAACACGGAACACCUUAUAUCGCCUCCGCCGCCAAAAUCGGAUAACAAUUUACCAACGUCUGCUGCAAACAGUGGUGCAGACGACAUCAUCAAAUCCCCCCCUUCGUCGGAUGACAUAAUUUCGAAGCUUUCUCUCAACGACGUCUUCAUGACCGGUAACAAAUCGUUAAAUUUAAACAAACGUCCGAAUUUGACAAUCGUUCAAAAACACAGCAAAGUCAUUCAGUCCGACGUCGAAGAGGCCAACGUUGGAAUCAACAGAUUGAUUAUGAGUCCGAGUUCGAACAAUAAUAAUAAUAAUAAUAAUAAUUCAGGUUCGAAUUUGAACGUCGAUUUUGAAAACCUGACGGAAAAUUACGAUACGUUGGAAAUGAAGGGAAUGACAGCGUCGGCGGGAGUUCAAACUCAAGGAUUUGUUCCGGAGCAUAAUGCGUCGUCGAAUCAAAAUUUUCCAACUCAAGAGGAGACUAAAAAGGGAAAAAAGAAAUCGAGUAGUAAAAAGAAGGGAAAGAAAGAAGAAAAUCGAGUUGAUUUAUGGGAUCUUAUGAAAUCUGCCGGUAUUGGAGAUGAUGAAUUCGACGAGCCUUCUGAAAUGAGUACUUUUUCACAAGAUGCCUCUACGAUAUCGGAGCCUUUAGAAAUUUCAGCUUCGGAAACGGAUUUAUUAACGCAAUUUCAAUCAGCAUCACAAGUGUCUGGAGGAAUUAGAGUGGUUGUCGGGGAAGACGGUCGACCCGUCAUAAUCAACGGUGGAAACGUGAUAAUACCGGAAAACGUUCAAAAUAAUUCUUCGGGCACGGGAACGGAAUCCGGUGAAACGGAUGCGGUUCUUCAAAAUAUGAUAUUACCCGAUAAUGUGUUCAAUUUCACUCCGCAAGCAUUCGCAACGGCACAAACUCAAUUGAAUCAACUUAUUCAAGAUCACGGAGGACUCGCAACGUCUUCUGCCGAUCAACAAUUACUUUCUCAAAUAUUCGGAGCCACUCCCACUAGUAUCGCGAGUAGCACUCCCAGUAACGCGAGUACCAACAGCACACCGGUAGUAGACACCGCUUCACCCGCACCCAUACCAAAUGUUCCCAAUCAAACUCCGGGAAAUAAUGAAAAUUUAUUGGUCAACGUUACACCGAACAAUAGCGAAAUCCCUCAAUCUCUUCAACCUACUCCUCUUCCUCCUCCUCCUCCUCCUCCUCCUACUCAUCCACCUCAAAAACAAGAAACUAAGUCUGAAUAUAUCGGUGGUCCCCCACCUGGACUUCCUCCUCUCGGUCCGGAUUCUCUCGUCAUCACAAAUAACAAUGCAAGCCCUGCCUUAAUGCAAUAUUUACAAACUCAUCAGGGCAUUAUACAAUUUCAACACGAUCCAGUGACGAAAACGAUACAACCUAGUUUAAUUAUUCCUCAUCCGCAACAUAAAUUAGAACCUCCCACACAAGUCCCAUCUCAGCAGGAAAAUAAUAAAACAGAUAAAAUAAUAACAACAACAACAACAACAAAUACAACGGUUUCGAAUAGUGUUCGAACUUUUAACAGUCAAAGUAGUCAAGAUUUAAUAAAAGGAAGAAAUGAAAUCAAAGGAAAUAUCGAUAUCGGAAACACGAGUGAUCACAAGGGGAAAAUUAUCACCGCCAGUGUUCCCCCCGUAAAUACGACGCCGAUAAAUCCGAACAUGGUUAAAGUUAACUUGGUGAGAGUCGUCAAAGAUAAUCCGUCUCUCUUGCAAAUGGCGACGGAAACGAAUAAUUUGAUCGGUUACAAGGAGAGAAAUAAAAAUUUGUCGGAAAAAGAAAUUGCGGAAAUCGAUAAGAAAAUACAACAAAAUCGAGCCAUACUGGAUCAAUACAUGUUGACGGAUAAUAAUAAUGGCGGAGUAAGUUCCGCGGUCAACGCUCCCCCUCAUCAAAACGUCAUCAUCAAAGAUUCUAAGGGCGGGAUUGGAAAUUAUCAAACGGGGAGCAUGGAUAAAUUGUUCAACGUCGCCGAUAAAACGACGGAAACUCAAACUCUCGAAGAUUUGCAAAAUUUGGACAUGACUCUCAUAAAAGGUUUUCAUCCGGCGAGCAAUUCUUGCGUCCCGACGCCGAAUUCCGAUUUUCAAGCAAAGUUCCUCGAAUCCAUAGGCAUGGCGAAUAAAACCCCCCCACCUUCGAAAGGUACCGUCAGCAUUGGUACGGGUACGAGUUCUGCGACGACUCCUGCGGCGACCGUGAUAACGUCUCAAACGAACACUUUGAAAAGAGGCCGAAAGAAAAAGGAAAAAAUUCAAAAUCAAGCCACUCAAGCGGAUGUGAAAACGGAGACGACGCCCAGUUUAAGGUACAACGUCACGGAAUUGACGCCAGAGCAAAACAUUCGUUUAAAUCAAGCUUUACAAAGUAGGGGGCCCAUAGUGAAUCAAAUUGAAAAUUUAGAUGCUAUAAAACAAAUAAUUCACGAAGAAGUACGAAAAAUCACGGCCAAUAGUUUGGACAAUACGAGCAUACGAUUCACAGCGUCGAGUUUACCCGUCGAAGAACAGGAAAUGACGACGGAAAAUCAAAAUCUGACGACUCCGACAAACGUCGUACUCAGCAAUCCCAGUUUGAAUCAAUUGCUGGAACAACCUUCCAAUCACGGGAACGUGAUAUCGCUUCAAGGAAGCGAAUUAAUCGCCGUGAACAGUGGAAACCAACAAAUAUUCGCACCGCAAAAUCAAGUUUUAUCCGGAAAUCAUUUCAUUUCGUCAAACAAUCAAAUAUUGGCCAUAGGAGGUCCCCACAAUCAAUUGGUAUCGUUGGGAAAUCCGAUUAAUUCGUCCAAUCAAAUCGUCACAUUGGGGAGUCCGCCGAAUUUAAUGUCCGUGGGUGGGACCAACGUUGCGAGUCCAGGGGCGGUGAUUGUGGGAAGUAAUGGAAACGUCGUGGCCAUCGUUCAUCCUAACGCUCCUCCCGGUCAAAAUUCGGGAAUCGUUCAAAGAGUUCAAACGAUUCAAUUGACGACACCGAAACAACAGCAUUUGAAAACGAUACAGAGUCAAAUUCAAACUUUAUCAUCUAAACCGAGUCGCACACCCAACGAACAAGCCACACUUCAAAAAUUAAUUUUAGAACAACAGAAAAUUUUAUCCACCGGAAAACUUUUGCCAACGUUUUCCGGUCAACAAAUUCACGGGAUGCACAUCGUUUCACAACCGAUCACCGGUACGAGUAGAUUAUAUCAAGCACAGACAGUCGCACAACAGCAACAGCAAUCUCAACUUCCUCAAAGUCUAUCUCAGGUUCAUCAGAAUUCUCAAUCGUCUCAGCAAACGCAAUCUCAAAAUUUCAUUUCGGCCAAUUCAAACAACAGUGCGCAACCUUCCAAAUCCAAUUUCACGACUCAAACGGGAAUUUCCUGUGGGACGAGCACGUCGGAUUUCAAUUCUUCUUAUCAGUCUAACUUACCCAAAAUGUCCGUUCCUCCGACCGUUUUAAUCUCCGACGUUCCGACUUCAAAUUACGGUCCCCUUUACGUCAAUCCCAACACGUCUGGAAAAAACGUAACGAAAUGCGAAAAGGGAACGUCUCCAAUACAAAUACAGAUGGGAACGCAAACGGUGGCAAACAUGGAAUACAGAAGUGGAAAAAUGUCAACGGGAACGAUGACUUCUCCGAACACGGGGAAACCUCAAGCAGUUGUUGCUCCGGCAAUCGUUAUUCAACAAACGGAAAAUUCAUCUCCCACUUAUCAAAUCAAGCCGAGACAACAAACGACAGCGAGUGAACAACCCCUAAGAACACAAGUACCUGCAUUGAGUCGGACAGCUUUUAUUGAACAACAAAUGAGAACGGAUCAAGCGGGAGCAACCAUGCCCGAUACGAAAACUCCUUUUUUAAGCAAAAGCGACGCUUGCAAGAGAUUGAUAAGGUAUCACGUCAUGGAUGAAAAAGCUUUAAGCUUGCAAGAUUUGGCAACUGCCGACGACAUAUUCGAAGCAACAGCUCAACACUUGCUCGAUAAAUUUAGAGUCAUGAAAGAGAAAUAUAAAUAUCUUUUAAUGUUGGAAAGUAUGAGGGAAGUUAGCACGGCAGAAAGAAUAAUGGUCGAUCGGAAUUUCAUUAUCGAAGAACGAAUGGAAUUGGAAGAAUUGAGAGAGAAAGAAAAAAGACUUCAGGAGGAAUUUGAAAAUCCCAGUAUUAUUUACCGGAACAAUCCCGACACACCUUUAAUUAAGACUGAUUUCACGUUGGAUGACGUCAAAACGGAAAUGAAUAAUUUAAUGAAUUCGGACAAGUGCGACGGAGGAGGAGGAGGAGGUGUUGUUGCUGUCGGAGAAGACAAAGUAUCCAUGAUCUCAAAAAACAUAAAACACGUGAAUAGUAGUGAUAUUAACAGUGAUGACGUGACGAAAGAUGACUCGUUUCAUUUGACGGAAGCAAAUCGAAACGAAGAAUUAGCCAAAAUCAAAUCGGAAACGAAAGAAUGUAAAAACACGAGGACGGUGUCGUCGGUCAAAUCACCUACGGAUCCUUCAUCACAUUUUUACCCGGAGGAUUAUCUCGGAAGCGGACAGAACAGUAGUAGUUGCAGCAGCAGCAGCACCAGCACCAGCAGCAAUGGUAACGUAAAUAGGCAAAGGAACGUUAAAAUCACCAGAACGUUUUCCGAGGGUGGUAUAAAAGAUGAAAAUUCAGGUGCGGAUAUAAACGCACAAGUACAAAGCGCCAUUGACAGCAUAUUGAAUUUGCAAAAAUGCGAAACGUUGUCGACGGACGGUACGGGAGGAGUAGGAGUAGGAGGAGGAGGUGAUGACGGAACGUCGGAAAAAAAAAGAACAAAGAAAAAAAGAAAACACGGUGAUAAAUCAUUAGAAAAAUGCAAGAGGAUAAAAAUAAAAGGUUUCGGUACUCUGAGGAAAGAAAAAAUCGUGAGCGAUGGAAACGGAAAUGAUGAUGAUGAUGACGAUGACGAUGACGAUGAAGACGAGGACAACGAGGAUGAGGAUGAAGGAAAUCAUGAUGGCGGCGGCGGCGGAAACGACGAACACGAUGGUGCGAUCGUCAAUCGUAGUUAUGAAAAUUACGAAGAAGAUGAUGAUGAAGAUGACGAAGAAGAUGGAGGAGGUUCGGAUGCUGAUCCCAUUUUGGACGAAGCCAUCAGAAGCAUAUUAACAUCCUGA